ACACUUUCUGCUGUGCAAGUGCUACAUUGAGUCAGCUAGAUAUAUAAAGUGUGUGUGUUCAGCACUGCAUACCUCAGAGUAGCUUUCCUCCUCAGACCUCCUCCUCACUUGUUGUCACAUGUGAGCAAUAAAUUACAGCUGCUCUGUUGUUUCGUCAGUGUUGGAGCUACAGAAGCUGUCGAGCUUAUCUUCAAGGACAUGGCUGAGCAAAACAAACUUUUACCUCGUCCCAUCUUCCGUAGAGAUGUGACCUGGGAACCCUUCCUGAACUGGACCGAGCCGAGACGCAUCUUUGCUCAAGACUUUGGGCUCCCUCCUUUCCUGGAGCCCGGUGACAUCGAUUGGCUAGACUGGGCAAAGAAGAGGCUUGCUUCUUUCACCUGGCCGGGGUGCAUUCAGUCCCCUCUUCUGCCUCCAUUGACCAGUCACCACGGUGAACAGGACGCACCACAGGUAACGUGUGGUGUGUCAGAGAUCCAAACCGGACAGAACUGCUGGAAAAUCACCCUAGAUGUCAAUCACUUCACACCAGAAGAGAUAACAGUCACAACCAAGGACGGGUACCUGCAAAUAUCAGGAACUCAUGAAGAGAGGCAGGAUAAGCAUGGAGUGGUCUCAAGGUGCUUCAGUCGUAAAUACAAGUUGCCACAGGGGGCAGAUUUGCAGCACAUCAGUUCGGCGUUGUCUGAUGGAGUCCUGUCUGUAGAGGCUCCCGUCUCUGGCACAUCUGUCAGCAACCCAUGCAGUGAGAUUGUUGUUCCAGUUCAGAUCAAACAGACAGAAGAUGGAGAGAAGCGAGCUAAAGACUCGGCUAUGUUAUAAAAGAAAAAAUAAAUCAGUAAGCGUCAAUCUUUUAAUAUGGAUUGUUUACUAAGUUUGCAUGUUUUAAAUGUUGUAAUGUAAAAAGCAUCUAGACUAUUUUAACAUUUUUGUUUUUAAAAUUGAAGAACUUAAACUGAAUUUUUCUUCUUUCAAGCAAAAAAUUAUUUAGUUUAGGUUUUUGACUUCUUUGGCCAAACUUGGGGUGAAUAAUCAUCAAAAUUCUGCUUUGAUAUAAAAUAUAUUAUAAAUGUAAUAAAAACGCUUCUGGCAUCUAAAUAAAUAAAUAAAAAAGAUUUUUUAGAACCGUGUUUGAGUGUGCUUGUAUUU